UUUUCGAUGCUGCUGUUAUCGUUCUUAAAAGAAACGUCUCGGUGCUACAACACACCAAGUGAGCAAAUCAAGUGUUAUUGAUGUUGGAGCAUCUUCGCCCGUCCGACAUGAGUUCCGAAGCUGAUGUGGUUGCUGGAGAUGAGGCUGACCUGUUCUCAUCGUCCUAAAAAUAAUGUAAAGAAUUUUUUCCUACCCAACCAACCCCAAACAUCACUCAUGAUUGUUAGAUGAUAAACUUCUUUCCCACAAAACAUUGACCCGUGAAUGGACUAGUUUUGUUGUCAAUCAUGGAUGCAGCUGCUACAGAAUCUGAGCAGAUUGAAAAAUUGUGCAAAGAGGCAGAGUCCCUCAAAAUUCGCCUUGAAGAUGAAAGACAAAAACUCAAUGAUGUCACCCUGUCUGUUAUUGCUGAUAAGCUAGAACAAAUCAGUUGCAUAAACAUAAAACCUCGUCGAAUUUUGAAAGGGCAUAUGGGAAAAGUACUGUGUGCUGAUUGGUCUCCAGACAAACGGCACAUUGUCUCUUCAUCUCAGGAUGGUAAGAUGAUUAUAUGGGAUGCUUUUACAACAAAUAAGGAACACGCUGUCACAACACCGACGACGUGGGUGAUAGCUUGUGCGUACGCACCUAGCGGACAACUCGUUGCAUGUGGCGGUCUUGACAAUAAGGUGACAGUAUACUCAUUAAGUUUGGAAGAUGAUAUGUCAGCAAAGAAGAAGACAGUGGGCACCCACAUCUCGUACACGUCUUGUUGCGUCUUUCCCAAUAGCGACCAACAAGUGAUCACAGGCAGCGGUGACAGUACCUGUGCGCUCUGGGACGUCGAAAGUGGUCAGCUGCUGCAGAGCUUUCAUGGGCACUCGGACAGUGUCAUGUCCAUCGACUUGGCACCUAGUGAAAUCGGAAACACUUUUGUCUCUGGUAGCUGCGAUAAGCUGGUUAACAUUUGGGACAUGAGGAACGGCUUAUGCGUGCAGAGCUUCGAAGGCCAUGAGUCUGAUGUCAAUUCGGUACGAUUCCAUCCAAGCGGCGAUGCGGUCGCCACAGGCUCGGACGACGCAACCUGCCGCCUAUUCGAUCUGCGCGCUGACAAGGAAGUCGCCAUCUACUCGAAGGAGAGUAUAAUCUUUGGCGCAAACGCGGUCGACAUGUCGGUGAGCGGUCGCCUGCUAUUUGCCGGCUACAACGACUACUCGGUCAACGUCUGGGACACGCUCAAGUGCCAGCGUCUGGCGCUGCUCUACGGACACGAGAACCGAGUCUCCUGUUUACGCGUCUCGCCCGACGGUACUGCUCUGUCCACCGGCAGCUGGGACACGACCUUGCGGGUCUGGGCUUAAUCGAGGUAUUCCGAGCUUUCUCUCUCGUUAUAUUUUUUUUUUUUCCAUUUAACUUGACGUUUUGAAACGAGCAAUUCUCAGCUGCCAUGUUACCUAAUUCGGGACGUCAUUCACGUCUUUUGUUUCAUUCUUUUAUAAUUUAAGUUAUUAAUUUAUUGAUUUAUUUAUUUACCUAUCGACCAUGAAUUAUGAGAUUUUUUAAAUUUCAAAUCACGUAUGAUUAUCAUAGCAAUGAAACAAUGAAAUUAAAAAAAAAACAAACUUCAUUCCAAAGAAAACUGUAAGCAUGUUGAAUAGAGUAUUAGAGAUUGUAAAAAAAUACUCUUUUUCUUGACUGAAAGAAAACCCCAACAAAUAAGUAAUGAGAUAAUCACAGUAUUUUUUAUUUACUUUAAUAACUAAGUCAUUUUGAAAUUCGUACAAAAAUAUUUCCACCUUUUUUUUAUCGCUACGUAAACAUUAACUGGCAAUUUUUUAUCCCUAUUUUGCACUCCUCUUUUUUUUAUACAUAUAUACAAAAAUGAUA